AUGAACAGCCAAUAUUCGGUGGAACUUAGAUUCUUCGUCCCAAGCUUCCUCACCACCAAUGAAGCAACCACGGAAGAAAUUGCAAACGAUACGUACAAUAUUCCCAAUGAUAUGGAGAAGUUCACUUCGAAACCCAAGAAAAUGGGGAGGGAGAUUGAUGACAUAUUUGCUGGAAAGAAGAUGAAGAACUCUUUACAAGCUAACUCAAACGAGAGGAAGAAUCAACAGAGAAUAGCUUACAACAGCAUAAUUUCUAUAGUCAUAACUUUCCCAGUACCACCAGGUGUUUCUCGAUGCAUUUCAGUCUGA